AUGGCCAUUCACGGCUCACCUUCAUCGGAAAGCGUGUCCAAACCCGCCACGUGGCCUCGACGGCUUCUCCGCGCUGUGCAGACACUGGUACUUCCAACCUUUCUGCAGUACCGCAGCAGCACCGGGAGUAAGCCCUUCCGUCGCACAGCACAUCUCGACGGCCUCCGGGGCUUGGGUGCAUGGUGUGUAGUAAAUUAUCACAUCCUGUCCGCAUUUGAAACUUUUGUAAAUUACGGCUAUGGUCUGACCCCCGAGGAUGGUCAUCGGGAACCCUACUGUGCACACCACAAUGAAGAGUUCACCCACAAUGAGCGCUUCCAUCAGCUCCCGUUUAUUCGCCUCAUCUACUCUGGGUCCGCUCCGGUCUGCAUUUUCUUUGUGCUCUCCGGCUUUGUCCUCUCGUACCGGCCCUGGCAGAUCCUUCAUCGAGAUGGAGCGUCUAUCCGUCCCGCCGAGCUGUACGAGGUCAUCGGUUCAUCCGCAUUCCGGCGAAUGACACGGCUGUUCCUACCCCCGUUGAUUGUCAGCUUUUCUACCAUGUUGCUGAUAGCCGCUGGCGCAUGGGAUUAUCCGGCAGAGGUGGCGGCGGAUCGCACUAUCAUCCGCGCCGAAAGCGAGUUUCAUCAACCGCGGCUCGCCGGACUGGGGGACCAGCUGAUGAGUUGGGGAGUCAUGGUGGUCCGGAUGCUGGACUACGGCCAUUGGGAUGAAUAUUACCCCCCGUAUGAUGUGCAUCUGUGGACCAUUCCCAUGGAAUAUCGCAGCUCGAUGCUGCUGUUCCUAAUGCUUUUGAUCACCGUGCGGUUGCGGUUCCACUAUCGGAUGGGCAUUAUGGCCGCGCUUCUGGUUUAUAGCUACUUCAUCACGCGGUGGGUGACCGUCCUGUUUCUAGCUGGAGCAAUUAUUGCGGAAACGGUGGUAUUGUGUCCAAUUCAUGAGCACGAGAGCCCUGCUAGCCAAGAGUACCAGAAUGGCUCUACCCCCGAGGGAUAUCAACUUCUCCCACUGCAGGAGACGACAAACGUGAGAAGUGCUCCCUUGGCGUCAACAUCCGGUGCAGAGGCCUCCGCCACUGCGACAGACUCCCGGCAACGACGCCUAUGCCGACUAGUCCUUUGCACCAUCACCAUUAUCAUCGGCCUCUAUCUCAUGUCGGCUCCGGACUACUGUAUCUCGCGUACGCCGGGAUACCGCACGCUGGCGGUGCUGAUCCCACCGCACGACGAGCGCGACUGGCGCUUCUACCCGUCCGUGGGGGCAAUCCUACUUGUUGCGGCGCUGGCACAUAGCCCGCGCGAUGGGCUACUGGUGCGCGGUCUCGAAUCCCGGUUGAUCCAGUAUUUGGGCCGCAUCUCGUACAGUCUGUAUCUGGUGCAUGGGCCGGUCAUGCACGGGGUCGGGUACCGGGUAUUCCCGCUGAUAUGGGCCGCAGUGGGGCGCGAUGGCUGGCGAGACCCGGUGGGCUUGGCAUUGGGAUGGCUGGUAGUCUUUUCUGUUGUGUUUUAUAUUGCGGAUCGGGUUAUGGUUGCAGUUGACGAGCCGUGCGUGCGCUUCGGUCGGUGGAUGGAGCAACGGAUGCUUGCAGCAGCACACUGA